CAAACUUUUUGCUACUAAUAGUCACAUUUAAAAAAUUCCAAAAACCUAGGAAGCUUCAUCAGCCCGUAGCUCAGAACCCAAAAAACCCUCCCUUUUUGUCUCAAUUCCCUCUCUCUUCUUCAGUCUUCUGAUCUCCGCUUUCUCCUUCACCCCAAAUGAUCAAACCCUAGGCGCACGAAUCUCCCCCACUUUCUCUCCCUAAAACUAUGCCGACGUUUUCGACUAUAGAGCUUGAGAACCUACUGGAGCCGCGAGUUCGAGAUUCCUACACGAAGCCGCCGUUAUCCGACCGGAUUGCAGCUCCCCCACCUCCACCGAAACGCGAUGAAAGCUACGCCCUUCAAGGGAGGGAAAUUUCAGUGUCUAAGGCCCCGCCGGCUCCCAGACACAUUUACAUAUCUCCGGCGUUGUAUGCAACUCCGGAACAGGCUCCGAUUCCGGAUACGGCGUCCGAGCCUUCGUCGCCGUCUCCUUAUGUUGUGAAUCACAAGCGUCGAGGUGGCGGAGUUGGAGUGGUUGGGAAUCGGAAUGGUGGUGGAUUUGAAAUUCCGGCGGAGGAGAAGGGAGGUGAAUUGGUGGUGGUGGAGGAGGAGGCUGGGGAAGUGAUGCAGGAUAAUUUUGGUGGCGGAGUUGAGGAUGAAUUAUUUGGGGAGGAGGAAGAUGGCUUUUUGGAUCCGAGGUGCGAGUCCGAGAGUUUGGGGAGUAGAAAUGAGGUGACUGGACAAUUUGAUUGUCGGAGUUUUGUUUCAAAUCAAGGCGAAUUUUUCGAUGCAAUUGAAGAUUUUUCCUCGGACACGUCUAAUUCAAAUGCACCUUCAUAUGACCCAAAUCUCGAAUCUGAAAUGCGUUCCCUAAGGCUUAGUCUCCUGGAGGAGAUUGAAAGGCGCAAGCAAGCCGAGGAGGAUCUUAGCUUAAUGCGCGGUCAGUGGCUGAGGAUCAUUGAUCUUCUGUCUGAGGUUGGAAUAGCUUUGCCUUCACCUUCAAAUUCUAGUGGGAGUAUGCAGCAUAACAAUGCUGCAUUUGAGGACCUCGCUCAAGAGGUUGUUGUUGCUAGAUUUGUUGCACACGCAAUAGGAAUAGGUGAGGCACGAGCUGAAGCUGAAAUAGCUGCAGAGGCAAUCCUUGAAUCCAAAGACCAGGAAAUAUCUCGGUUGCGUGACAAGCUGCAAUACUAUGAAGCUGUUAAUCAUGAAAUGUCACAGAGGAAUCAGGGAAUCAUAGAGCUCGCAAGGCAGCAACGGCAGAGAAGAAAGAUCCGAAGAAGGUGGUUUUGGAGUUGCAUUGGAGUUUCAAUUGCCAUUGGGAUUUCAGCAGUUGCUUACUCAUACCUGCCUCAGGCAAGCAAGCAUCAAGAAGGGUCUAGCUGUAGUGAUGCCUCCACUGGUUCUUGCAUCAGCAGCUUUGAUACUGCUUAGGCAUGGAUUUUGGAUGAAUGUUAACUUUGUCCAAGACUGUGCAGAUUUUUUGCAAUUUUGCUGCCUAAUAAUAGUAGUUGGUAUAGCCUAUGCAGAGAUUUAGGCGCAUUCCAUUCCUGCAGUGUUAGGAAAAUUUUCGUUAACAUGACUAUUCGGCAGAUAAUGUGCAGUCCAAAACUAAUUGAACUAGAGUUGCAGAAGUGAACUUUAAAGGAUAAGUAUUCUUGACUUUUGCAGGGAAUCAUUUUUCCCCCCUCCUCUUAAUCUGAGAAUACGAUUCUCCACAUUUUAAGGAGUGUGAA